AUGUUACCAUCAACCAUCACCCUCGUUGCCUCUUUCCUUCCCCUCCUCGCCUUGACCUCUGCUUCCUCCCACUCACCCCAUCCUCCUCACCUUCGACACCGUCGGAUCAGCAAUGUCGUUCAGAACAUCCAACGAGGUGAGAACACCCCUAGAGCCAUCCUCUCCCCCAAGGACAACGCCGGCCACGCUCAAGCGAAGAAGGUGAUCAAGAAGACCGUCAAGAAACGAGGUGGUCAACAAUGUCGACCCCGUCAAGCUGCUACCACUUCCUUCUCUGCUGCUGCUUCCGUCGCAACUUCUUCCUCCGCUGUCUCUUCAGUCGCUUCCGCUGCUGAGAGCAGUGUGGAUAACAACCAAGCUUGGAGUCAACCUCAAUCAUCGGCCUGGUCAGAAGCUCCUGCCUCUACCUCUGCUUGGGCCCCUGCUUCUACUCCUGAUUCCAACUCUGGCUCAGGUAUCAUAGGAAGUAUCUUGAGCGUGGUGGAUGGCACUUGUGGUCCUUCAAACGCCGAUUCCAGCUCUCCCAACGGUGCCGAGGGAUGGCUCAACUGUGGUGUCGAUGGUUCUGGUUGGACCCCUCCUAUGGUCACUGCUGAUCAAUUGAUUGCUGCUGAGCUCUCCGCGGACGGAGUCUUUGCUCCUUGUGGACCUUACAUCGACAAAUUCAACCAAUACGCCGCUCAAUACGGAGUCAAAGGUAUCAUGCUCGCUUCAUUCGCUAUGCAAGAAUCCACUUGCAACCCUUCUGCUACCGGCGGUAACGGAGAAGCUGGUUUGAUGCAACUGGCUCAAGUCAACUGUGGUGGUGCUCCUGGUGGAAACUGUUACGACAUCGACUUCAACAUCGGUCGAGCUGCCGAGCUCUUCUCUAACCUGAUCCAAGCUCAUGGAGGCAACGUGCUUACUGCUAUCGGAUCAUACAACGGCUGGCAGCCUGGUCUCACCGUCGGCUCCGCUACCGCCGCUGCCGGUCAAGGUCGAUGUGCAGCCCAAAACAACCUCGACUACAUUCACCAAUUUUGUAACGGUUGGAUGCAGGGUAAAAGCGGCUACGACCUGGGUAGUUACUGUGAGUGA